GAGAGCUUGAAUGGAGAGCUGCUGUAGUCAAAUACAUUGCCCCCUUGGCUGAGGCGAAGGCGCUGUCUACUCGCGUCAGUUCUUAGGGGAACGCUGUGUGGAAAAAGUACCAAAAGCCGCUUCAUGGCAACUUUCUCCUGGAAACAACAGUUGGGAUUUAACGGGCAGGUUUUUUUUUAAGUAGUUGGGAGCAAUUGCUCAGGAAUCCCAACGCUCGUCUGCUAAUCUUAUUGCAAGAGUUUGCAGAAGAAGUAAAGCGGUUGUGCGAAGACGGGCGGUCUUGAAGUGAUAGUAGAGCACUGCGCCCUUUUGCUAGGGUUUAUUUCGCUCAUUCCAGUGAAGAGUUGAAUCUGCGAUUGAUAUGUGUGGAGCCGUUGGAAGAGGCAUUCUCUGAGGUAUCGUUCCUGGCGAGUUGGAAGAUGCCCUUCUGCACGGGGUAUACACUGCGGGAGGAAACUGCCUGACUUGACUUUGGGAUAAAAUUGAAAGCAGAAAAUCCGAGUUGCUGAGCCCAAACUUCAGUGAAUUGUUUGCUGAAACAAAAUCACAGCAUUUCAAAGCAGGGUUUCACUUUUGGAUAGCAAGAACUAACUCGUCCAAGUUCUCCAGGAUGGCAUGAAUAACUAGAGGAACUGCGUCUAUUACAGCUGACAAUACUGUUGCUAUUAAUUGCGAAGACAUUUGAAUUGGAUUUGGACUUGGAUUUGUUUCGGAGGAGACAUUUUUGGACUAUUUAAAACAGAGAAACGGCAAUCGUAAGCGUUGUCAAGGUCUCCGGAACGAUGGUUUUACGCUUCACCGGAAUUUAUGUCUUACUUGGAUUACUUCACAGUUGCUCUGGCUCUCGGCUGCGUCAGGAGGACGCCCCUCCCCGGAUCGUGGAGCACCCGUCAGAUCUCAUCGUGUCCAAGGGGGAGCCGGCAACCCUGAACUGCAAGGCGGAGGGCCGUCCCUCGCCCACCAUCGAGUGGUACAAGGACGGCGAGCGCGUGGAGACGGACCGGGACAACCCGCGCUCGCACCGCAUGCUGCUGCCCACCGGCUCGCUCUUCUUCCUGCGCAUCGUCCACGGCCGCCGCAGCAAGCCCGACGACGGAAGCUACGUGUGCGUGGCCCGGAACUACCUUGGGGAGGCUGUGAGCCACAACGCGUCGCUGGAAGUAGCCAUCUUGCGAGACGACUUCCGUCAGAACCCGGCUGACGCGGUGGUGGCAGCGGGCGAGCCGGUCCUGUUCGAGUGCCAGCCUCCGCGCGGGCACCCCGAGCCCACCAUCUCCUGGAGGAAGGACGGCUCCAACAUCGACGACCGCGACGAACGCAUCACGAUACGUGGAGGGAAGCUGAUGAUCACUAAUGCGAGGAAGGCGGAUGCGGGGAAGUACGUAUGUGUGGGAACCAACAUGGUGGGAGAGAGAGAGAGCGAAGUGGCAGAACUCACCGUGCUGGAGCGCCCGAGCUUUGUGAAGCGGCCGGUCAGUCAGGUGUCGCUGACGGACGAGAGUGUGAACUUCCAGUGUGAGGCGCGAGGAGAUCCUGUUCCCAUCGUGCGCUGGAGGAAAGAGGACGGAGAUCUGCCCAAGGGGAGGUUUGAUAUCUUGGAGGACAACACCUUGAGUUUGCGUCGCGUCUCCCCUGCUGACGUGGGCUCCUACACCUGCCUGGCAGAGAACAUGGUGGGCAAGGCAGAGUCCUCCGCAUCGCUCACCGUCCACGUCAAGUCAGUGCCGCCAGCGUUUGUGAUGAAGCCGCGGAACCAGGUGGUGGCCGUGGGCAGAACCGUCACCUUCCAGUGCGAGGCCUCGGGCAUCCCUCAACCAGCCAUCUUCUGGCAGAGAGAAGGCAGCCUGAACCUGCUGUUCUCCUACCACCCUCCUCAGCCCACCAGUCGCCUGUCCGUCUCCCAGAGUGGGGAUCUGACCAUCACCGAUGUGCAGCGCUCCGACGCCGGCUACUACAGCUGCCAGGCCCUCAACAUCGCCGGCUCCGUCCUCACUAAAGGCCUGCUGGAGGUCAUAGAUGUGGCUUCCGAGUACCCUCCUCCCAUCAUUCAGCAGGGCCCGUCCAAUCAGACGGUGUCCGUGGACGGGACGGUGAUUCUGGGUUGCCAGGCGACGGGUACGCUGGCCCCGACUGUGAUGUGGAAGAAGGAUGGCGUCCUGAUCACCAAGCACGACUCCCGCGUCUCCCAGACGGAGGACGGAGAACUACAGAUACGAUACGCCAAGCUGGGAGACACGGGCAUGUACACCUGCGUUGCCUCCAGCCCAAGUGGAGAAGCCUCCUGGAAAGCAUACCUGGAGGUGGAAGAGUUUGGGGUGGCAGUGCAGCCUGGCCGGCCCACGGACCCCAACCUGAUCCCCCGGGUGCCGUCCAAGCCGGAGGUGACAGACGUCAGCCGCACCUCCGCCACCCUCACCUGGAGGGCCAACACCUCCGGGGCCACGCCCACCUCCUACAUCAUAGAGGCCUUCAGCCAUGCGUCCGGCAGCAGCUGGGUGACUCUAGCGGAGCAUGUGAAAUCUGAGAGCCAUGUGCUGAAGGGGCUGAAGCCUGCCGCGGUCUACCUCUUCCUGGUUCGAGCCGUCAACGCGUACGGCCUCAGUGACCCCAGCCCCAUCAGUGAUGCCGUACGCACACAAGACACGCCCCCCACCAUCCAGGGAGUGGACCACCGUCACAUCCAGAAGGAGCUGGGAGACGUAGUCAUCCACCUCCACAACCCCGUCAUCCUCUCCUCCUCCUCCGUCAGGGUGCACUGGACCGUGGAGCAGCAGUCCCAGUACAUCCAGGGCUACCGGGUGAUGUACCGGCCGUCGGAGGCGGGCCAGCUGCGGGCCGCCCAGUGGGGGGUGUUCGAGGUGCGCACGCCUGGCGAGGACGGGGCCGUGGUGCCGCAGCUGAAGAAGGGCGUGACCUACGAGUUCAAGGUGCGGCCCUACUUCGACGAGUUCCAGGGGGCCGACAGCGAGGUGAAGGUGGCCCGCACCAUGGAGGAAGCUCCCAGCGGGGCUCCACGUGGCGUAACUGUGACAAAGAGUGACACCAACAGCACCGCCAUCCUGGUCGCCUGGCAACCGCCUCCCGAGGAGGAUCAGAACGGCCUGGUCCAGGAGUACAAGAUUUGGUGCCUGGGCAAUGAGAGUCGUUACCAUGUCAACCGCAGCGUGGACGGCACCACGUUCUCCGUGGUCAUCCCAAACCUGUCACCCGGCAUCCGCUACAGCGUGGAGGUCGCCGCUAGCAACGGGGCAGGGCCUGGGGUCAAGAGUGACAUCACCAUCUUUGAAAUAGACCACGCAGGUGUGCUGGUGGAGAGUGGCGUGCGUAAAGACACGCUGUCCCACAUCUCUGACGUGGUGAAGCAGCCGGCCUUCAUUGCGGGCAUUGGCGCCACCUGCUGGCUGGUGCUGAUGGUGUUCAGCGUCUGGCUCUACCGCCACCGCAAGAAGAGGAGUGGCCUCAGCAGCAGCUACGCCGGCAUACGCAAAGUGCCAUCCUUCACCUUCACUCCUACAGUGGCCUAUCAAAGGGGUGGUGAGGCAGUCUGCAGCUCUGGAAGACCUGGAUUGUUGAACAUGGGCGAUUCGGCCAAUCAGCCGUGGCUGGCGGACUCGUGGCCCAACGCCUGUGGCAACCACAAGGAGCGCAGCAUGAACUGCUGCAACGGAGGCAACGGCACCAGCGACAGCAACCUCACCACUUACAGCCGCCCCGCUGACUGCAUCGCCAACGACAACAGCCAGCUGGACAACAACAAGCAGCAACAGGGCGGCGGCUGCCUGCUGGGCUCCGACUCGGCCGUGUACAGCGACGUGGACCUGUCCAACAAGCUCAACGAGAUGAAGACCUUCACCAGCCCCAGCAUGUGCUACAUGGGCCCGGCCGGCAGCCCCCCCACGCCCUACGAGCCCACCCCCUACGCCACCACCCAGCUCAUCCAGUCCAAUAUCAUGAGUAAAGGUGGAGGUGGAGGAGGAUGUGGAGGAGGUGGAUGUGGGCCGGGGUUACUGGGUGGCGGAGGGGCGGGACCUCCGGAUUUGACGGACAACAGGCGUGGGUGGGGGAAGCCUCCGCCGACGCAGCAGCAGCCGCCUGUGCCACAGGAAAUGACAUCACAGCUGCAGUAUAACAUCAUGGAGCAGAACAGGUUGAAUAAGGAUAACUACAGAGGGGGAGAGGUCAACCUGCCUCCCACCAUCCCCUACAACCAUGAGCUGAGCUCUGGAGGAUCCUACCACAGCUCCGACCGCGCCAGCAACAGCACCUCCGGGAGCCAGAGCCACAAGAAGGGAUCCCGCACCCCGAAGCUGCCCAAGCAGAGCUCUGUGACCUGGGGUGAGCCGCUGCCACCGCCCCCCGUCCACCCUCCACCCAGCCACCUCACAGACGACUUCCUGCACACAGACAGAAGCUUUGGUGCGGACUCCAGCGGUCCAAUGCUGCCGUCCCGCAUGUACCUCCACUCUGGGAGCAUGCAGGAGGAGGAGGAGGCGCAGCAGCAUCAGCAUCAGCAGCAGCAGGGGAGGCCAGAGGGCAUGGAGAGGUGCCCCACUCCCCCCAUACGCGGCGCGGCCUCCUCCCCAGCCGGAGUCUCCUACGGCCACCAGUCCACGGCCACUCUCACUCCCUCCCCACAGGGGGAGCUCCAGAGCAGCACACACAAUGGCCACGACAGCCACAGGCGCCAUGCUGCCAGUCCCCCCGCCCCCCUGCGACCCCUCUCCCCCCCACACACCUACGGCUACAUCUCCAGCCCCCUGUCUCUGGAUACAGACGGCCUGGAGGAGGAAGAAGAGGAGGAAGACGAGGAGGAGGAGGAGGGGGAGGGGGACAUGGAGACAGGGCCCCAUAGCAUCUACUCCCAACCGCAUCACCCCAAACACCACAACCACCACCAACACAGCCAACACAACUCCCACCCCCACCACCACCAGCACCACAACAACAACCACCAUGGCCAGCAGCAGCAGCAGCAGCAUCUCCAGCAGCAGGCUGCCCAGCGGAGGCUGCACCCGCGCGGGGGGCUGGAGCACCAGCAGACGCCGGCCUCCAGCACAGGCGACCUGGAGAGCUCGGUCACGGGCUCCAUGAUCAACGGCUGGGGCUCGGCCUCAGAGGAGGACAACGCCGCCUCGUCGGGACGCUCCAGCGCCGUGGAGUCCUCCGACGGCUCCUUCUUCACAGACGCCGACUUCGCCCACGCCGUGGCCACCGCCGCCGAGUACACCGGGCUCAAGGCGGCGCGCUACCCGGAGGAGGGGGCGGCACUCGCCGGCCCGCGGUUCCUGGCAGGCCACCGUCCCAGCAGCCCUGUGUCCACCGACAGCAACGUGAGCACCGCCGUGCACCAGAAACGACCCCCUAGGAAGCACAAACACCAGCAGCAGCAGCAGCAGCAGCAGCAGCACUCACACCACACUGCUCAGGUCCAGCACAGAGACACCGGCUUCAACGAUGAUACAGCUCUGUCUCUCGGCGCCUCUUCGGCAGGCAUGAUGUCCCCCAGUCAUGGCUCACGAGGGGGCUACGAGGUGCGCGGCGCCACCCUACCCAGGCUGGGCUGCGGUGGCGAUGGGCGCGGCGAGCGGAGGGGCAGCGCGGGAGGCUACCAGAGCCACAAGGCCGGGAAAGCCCGCCAGCACCCAGCGGUAGCAGAGGACAUCCCCCCCUACAGUCGGCCCAGCUUCCCCUCUGGGGGUCAGGGCCAGGGGCAGAGGGAAGGAGGCAUCAGCUCCUCCAGCUCCAUGUCGUCCCGGAGCUCAGGGGGGCGACGGCGGAACGAGGGGGGUCUGGGGGUCCGUAGGAACCCUUCCGACUCGGGACUCCCCAGCCUUGGGGCCUUCCAGGCAGAGGAGGAUGAGCAGGAGCUUUUGGAGAGCUGAGGGACCAUGACCCCUGCCGACCUUGCGGAGGAAUUCCUUCCAGGUCAUAAGUCUGACCCCGAUUGUCCUCUCCUCUGGACCUGCCGGACCGCCACAGAGAGAGUCCAGCAACGUCAGCAUCAUGUAAAUGACCUUUUAUGAAAAAUAACUGAAAACUGACCAAUGCUUAAUGUCCCAUUUUCGUUAUGUUUUUUUUUAUUAUUAUUAUUUUGUAUAUGUAUUUUUCUUUUAUUUAUGAUGAUGUUUUGAACAGUAACUGAAGGGUACUUUUUUCUGUCCAAAUGGAGAAUGUUCUCCGAAAAAAGGGGUACCGUUAGCUUUUUCUAAGAACGAAAGUGUUCUGUUUCUGAAUCAGUGGCUUGGAAUGGCAGCAGUUGUGGGUUGUCAGCCAUAGCUCUGUCGAGAGUGUAUAUUAAAAUGUGUUUUGGGAGCUGCAUACCAUUGUUGUAUACAGAUGAAUGUUUCAUAAUCCCACUCUGUGGUACAGUACGUUUUAAAUUGGUCUUCCUUUUUAUUUAGCUUUCUCAAGCAUUUAUUUGAAACUGUAUGAAAUAUUUGGUCAAUGGUAUAAUUGUUGUAAAUUGCUUGGUCAGUUCCACUAUUGAGAAGUGCAGCCAUUUUGAAUUUUCCCUUUUUCUAAUGCACUGUUAUGAUUUCAUUUUUUUUUUAAUCGAUGUUGUUAUUGUUGAUGUAUGUUCCUUUUGUCUUACAUUGGUUUAAAAGCACAAUCACUUAACUUUAUUAUUUUAAGCCAUCUAUUUGUUGAAUAUAGAAUGUUCCACAGCUAUGGAGGAACGGACACAAGGAGUCUUGUCUAUAAUUGUGUUUGUAUGAUGAUGAAAGAGUAUUGUCUUAUAUUAACGUCUGGAUAUGACCAGGGGUCCGUUUCUCGAUUCUUGUCGUUGCUAACUGUCUUAAGACCGCCUUAAGACGUAACACCAUUCCCUUGGACUCAGUGGUGAGCAUCGCUGUCGAGAGAGAGUUGAGUCGCUCUUACAAAGGACGUUGCUACCAUCGUUAGCAAAGACGCUUUUGAGAACGCCACCCCUGAAUGGAAAUGAGGCUCCGCUGUUUUGCGAGGAGUUUCAGGAGAUUUCACAGAUAAAAGAUUUCAUGUUACCUACGGAUCCAACUUAAAAAUGGAAAGAGAAGACACAGGAGAAGUAGUAGACGAAGUACGUAUAGAUGCCAUCCUAUUACAAACACAGUUUCACACACAGUGCAGUGUCCAACAUGAGUGAGGUGAACGGAUCGUGUAGAAAUGCACUUAAAGAGUGUGCACAGUAAAUUCUGCAGUGCUCAUUUAACACUUAGAGAGUUGAUUUGACAUCAUUUGGACUUAAAUGAACUCUUUAAGUGUUGAAUUAACACCGCAACAUUUACUGUGUGAUAGCGAAGCGAAGGGCAAUGGGCAAUAUGUCGAGAGAACAUUGAAGGAGGGAGUGUAAGCGUUCCCUCCCCAUUUGUGGUGUGGAGCAGUGUUGCCAGAUGGAAAAUGUUGAACUAUCGUGCCAAAACCUCAAGUAUCGCUUUUGGGCACUUUUGGGAGGAAAUUAUCGCACACUAAGCAAAUGGCUGUUUCAAGGCUACUAAAUGUACUAAAUGAAAACUAUUCCAUCAAUUAUUACAUUGAUUAUUACAUCAUGUGUUUUAGAUUGUACAGAGAGGACAAAUGAGGAUUAUGGUAAAAAUAUGAUAAUUCUCGUACAUCUGUGUGGGGUCUCUUUUCCAUUUUGGUACAGGGCACAAUAGUGAUGAUGGUGUAGGGAUGAUGGUGGUGGGGGAGAAGGAGGAGGAGGAGGAGGAGGAGGAGGAUGGGUGAGGGGGGCAGGGGGUGCUACACGAAGUCCCCCUCUUCCACCAAAGAGGUGCACUGGUCUGUCACUUCAUUCAGCCGAGUCCCCAUAAACUAGUAGCAACUUAUGGAGGACAUUUUAAUCUGCCUUUGCCUUUUUGUGGAUCUCUCCAUUCAUGUCAUUGUGAGUCAGUGUAGUAUGCCAGGUGUUUCCAGUAGAAGGCUACCUGACAGAGGACAAUGAAGAUAGAGGAGAGAAAGAAGCAGAGAGAAAGAGAAAGAGACAGGUGGAGGGAAAAAAAAGAUGAUGGAAUGAGGCGAUUCUUUCACUUUGAUGUGAGGUUUUUUUGUUUCGCUCGCCAAUCCAUCCAUCUGCUCUUGUGAUAGUAGCACAGAUGCUGGUCAGAGCCAGUGCGGGAGCUGGGUGACCUUGCUCAAGGCCGAGGCUUUUGCAGUAAAAGAAGAAGAAUAAGAAAAAAUUACUACAGCCUUUUUUGUGUGGUGAGUGAGUGAAAAGAGAUGUGAGUGUGAAGUGUUGUUCCCAUUGUGGAGGUUUGUGCUGUCCAUCCUUGUUUGGAGUUUACCAUGUUUGAAAAGACACAAAGAAGAAAAAAAAGACACCACUGCUUUAAUGUCAGUCAUAACUUUUCAUUACUGGGAAUCUUGUAUUUCAAAACAUGAAAUGAAACAAAAAAUGACAUUUUUCCAUAUUAUUUAUUAUUAAAAAGAACU